AUGGCGAUUAACAGAACUCGAAGUUUUAAUUCCACCCACAAAUCCGCGGUUGACAAAUUUCGUGCGACUACUUCUAAGGGAAAAAAAUCACAUUCUGUUUCUUAUGCACCAGCACAUUUUUCGGCCAAGGAACUAGCAUGGCAUUAA